UAAUUUAACAUCCAAGCAGCAUAAUAUCUCCACGGCCUCCAGGUUUCUGUUGUAUUUUGUUUUUUCAAGAGAAUGGAAAUGGAACCUGGGAAGCUGUUCAUUGGUGGGAUUUCUUGGGACACCAGUGAGGAGCGUCUGAGGGAGUAUUUUCAGACUUUUGGUGAGAUUAAUGAAGCUGUGAUAAUGAGGGACCGCACUACGGGCCGGGCCCGUGGUUUCGGUUUCAUUGUUUUCGCUGAUGCUUCUGUUGCGGAGAAAGUUGUCAGAGAAAGGCACGUCAUAGAUGGCAGAAUUGUGGAGGCCAAAAAAGCUGUUCCGAGGGACGAUCAUCAAAACUUCAGCAGAAACGGAAGCAUUACGGGCUCCCCAGGCCCGGCCCGAAGCACAAAAAAAAUCUUCGUCGGUGGCCUGUCAUCAACCGUGACAGAGACCGACUUCAAACGCUACUUUGACCAAUUCGGGACAAUCACUGACGUUGUGGUGAUGUACGAUCACAACACCCAAAGGCCCAGAGGUUUUGGGUUCAUCACUUACGACUCGGAGGAAGCCGUGGAUAAGGUUCUGUUCAAAACCUUCCACGAACUCAACGGGAAGAUGGUCGAGGUCAAACGGGCCCUUCCAAAGGAGCUCUCCCCAGGGCCCGCACGCAGCCCGUUGAACAGGGUGAGCAGUUUUCUUGGUGCUUAUUAUUCUCCCAUGAGGAUGACCCUGACCAGAAGCGGAUACCCGUCUUACGGCCCGUCUAACUAUAAUAAUAACAACAGCAGUGUGGGGCUGAAUCUUGAUUCAAGCUUCGGUCUGAAUUACAGGCCGGGCCUGGAUUUGGGCUUGGGUUCUUACUACAACAGUGGGAAUGCGAAUCAUUUUGGGCCGGUGGCGAAUAAUGCAAAUCAGAGCCCAUGGAACAGUAAUGGGGGUGUUGAUAAUUAUUACAGUUCGAACAAUGUGAGUUCGAAAGGUUUUGGCGGGUCGGGUGGCAAUUUCGGGAAUAUAGGGGAAAUUUGGGGUCAAAGCGGAAGGGGAAGUGGUGUGUUUGGCGAUGGGAAUAUUAUUAGCUAUGGCAUUGGAGAAGAUGAGAGUUUCGGUGGGAGGGGAAAUGAGAAUGGUAGAAAAAAUGGAGGCAUGACAUUUUCAUAUGCUGUCGGCAAAAAUAUUCAUGAUGAUGGUUUUGGGAAUUUGUAUGGGGGGGAUUUGUUUUAUGCGGAUAACGGUUGGCGUUCGUCUUCUCCCGAGGUUGAGGGCGCGUUUGGUUAUGGGCGUGGUGCAAAUGACGACUUGGCCCCUAACAACUCUGUUGGUUAUGUUGGGGGUUAUAGUGUUAAUGCUAGGACUAAUAGAGGCUUUGCUUUGUUUUUUGAGAUGUGCAAAAUUGGGUUGCAAGAUAUUACGAAGUCGGCCAAAGGGUGCGACUCUAUUAGCUUUUUAGGUCAGCCAAAGCCACCCUCUGGAGCUAGACCCGCUAUCUCGUACCAGUUCGAUACCCAAGAGCUUUCAGGAGCCAAAGAUUUGAAGGGAAAGGUCGCAUUCUGCAAGAAGCUGGUUUUUAAAGAAGAGGAAUUCAGAGGGCAAGUAGGGAAUAAUAGCAAUAAUAUGAGAAAGGAUCUGGAGGCAUUGUCAAGUGCUUUCCUUACGCCCUUCACCUUUUCCAGAAGGGCUACCGAAUCAAAAUUUGACAAAGAGCUCAUAAUUGCACGUGUGUAUGUUAGAAAAGGCUUUAAGAGACAAAUGGCCUUUUAUAAUGCCGGAGAACAACAAACAGAGGAUUACCUUUUUAAGAUUGUUCUGAUUGGCGACUCGGCUGUCGGUAAAUCGAACUUGCUUGCCAGAUUUGCUCGGGAUGAGUUUUAUCCUAACUCGAAAUCGACAAUCGGAGUGGAAUUUCAGACCCAAAAAAUGGAAAUUAACGGCAAAGAGGUUAAAGCACAGAUAUGGGACACUGCUGGCCAGGAGAGGUUUAGGGCUGUUACUUCCGCUUAUUACAGAGGUGCUGUUGGGGCACUCGUGGUGUAUGACAUCAGCAGGCGUCGAACUUUCGAAAGUGUUGGUAGAUGGCUAAACGAACUCCACACUUACUCAGAUAUGAAUGUGGUGACAAUAUUGGUGGGCAACAAAUCGGACCUGAGGGAUGCUCGUGAAGUGACAACUGGCGAAGGCAAAGCCUUGGCCGAGUCUCAAGGGCUCUUCUUCAUCGAGACCUCGGCCCUCGACUCCUCUAAUGUAGCAUCUGCCUUUCAAACGGUUGUGAAGGAGAUUUUCAGUAUUUUGAGUAGAAAAGUUAUUCAGUCUCAAGAACUCAAAAUGAAAGAUUCUGGGUGGAUGGAGAAUGGGAAAACAACAACAAUUGUUUUACAAGGUGAUGAGAAUACGGAAAGUGAAGCCCAACAGAGUAGAAAAGGUGGGUGCUGUUCGUCGUGAUUGUUCGUUGUUGUUAAAUGAAUGGUUUUUGUUCUUACUUUUUCUAACCUUCUUCCUGGUUUUUGACUCAUUAUGUGUGGGAGCCCUU